AAUCGUCCGAAACAAACAGCAAUCCCAAAAAUCACACAAUCUUAAAAAAAAAACCGCCAUGACUAACCCACGCCGGGAUCUUCCACUCCUCUUCACACUCCUGGUACUGCUCAACCUCCACUCUAGCGCAGCCCUCGAUUCCGCUGACCCUCCCGCAGAAUCAACAGGCUCAGAGUACAUCCGUACUAGCUGCGGCUCAACAUUGUACCCAGAGGUCUGCUACACCUCCCUCUCCCGUUACUCCAGCGCCGUCAAAUCCAACCCGGCCAGGCUCGCACGGCUCGCCAUCGCCGUCAGCCUCUCGCACGCUCGACGAAUGGCGUCCUACAUCUCCAACCUCACUCGCGAAGCCGAUUUCGGAACCAACACCCGCGCUUCCUCCGCCCUCCACGACUGCUUCUCAAACCUCGGCGACGCCGUGGAAGAGAUUCGGGGGUCGUUGAAGCAGAUGAGACAAAUUGGGGCGGCGGGAGCGUCGGGGUUUAUGUUCCAGAUGAGCAACGUGCAGACGUGGAUGAGUGCCGCUUUGACGGACGAGGAGACUUGUACGGACGGGUUCGAGGAUGUUCCAGUAGGAGAUAAGAUGAAGAAGGAGGUGUGCGACAAAGUGAUUGAUGUGAAGAAGUUCACGAGCAAUGCUCUCGCUUUGGUUAACAAUUAUGCUUCCAAGGGCACGCCGUGAAUUGUCUCUGUUCAACAACGUCCGUCGUCGUUUAUUAUCUCUCUUUCUUAAAAAAAAAAAAAUUAAAAAAGCUGAAAGUUUUCUUUUACCUUUUUUAUUUUUUUUAAAAAUUGUUGGCUUAUUUGUUUUAGGUUGGAUUGACCAAAAACCACAUGGGCGAUAGAUUAGGGAUGAAUAUUUGUGUGACCAAACUUAUGGACUUAGAAGAUCUACAAUUCUCACUGAGAGACUAUUAUAUUUGUGGUGCA